AUGGCUGGUGAUCAAGUGACCCUGUUGGAUUUCUGGGCCAGUCCAUUUGGUAUGAGAGUGAGAAUAGCUUUGGCUGAAAAGGGUGUAAAGUAUGAGUACAGUGAACAAGAUUUGAGGAACAAAAGUGCUUUGCUUCUUCAAAUGAAUCCUGUUCACAAGAAAAUCCCCGUUCUUGUCCAUAAUGGGAAACCUGUCUGUGAGUCGCUUAUCAUUGUGCAGUAUAUUGAUGAGGUGUGGAAGGAUAAGGCUCCUUUGUUGCCUUCUGAUCCUUACCAGAGAGCUCAGUCUAGGUUCUGGGCUGAUUUUGUUGACAAGAAGAUAUAUGAUCUUAGUAGGAAGAUAUGGACAACAAAAGGAGAAGAUCUGGAGGCAGCCAAGAAGGAUUUCAUUGACUGCCUCAAGUUGUUAGAAGGAGAGCUUGGAGACAAGCCUUACUUUGGAGGCGAGACCAUCGGCUACGUUGAUAUAGCAUUCGUCCCUUUCUAUGUCUGGUUUCAUGCCUAUGAGACUGUCGGCAACUUCAAAGUAGAGGCCGAGUGUCCCAAGCUGAUUGCUUACUGUAAGAGGUGCUUGCAAAAAGAGAGUGUAUCCAAGUCUCUUCAAGAUCCACAGAAAGUCUAUGAUUUCGUUGUGAUGCUGAGGAAGAACUUUGGAAUCGAGUAA